AUGCAACGAGCACCGCAGCCUUCUUGCUUUGAUCGUGUGAAGCUAGGAUUCAUGAUUGGUUGUGCUGUUGGCAUGAGCUCAGCAGCUCUCUUCGGGACCUACUCGGCACUCAGAAUGGGGCUACGUGGGAGAGAAUUAGUAUCAAGCAUUGGAAAAGUUAUGCUGCAAGGAGGUGGUACAUUUGGAGUGUUUAUGGGAAUUGGCACAGCCAUUCGCUGCUGAAUCAAUGGCAUAUGAAAUCAUCCCAAAGCCAUCAAAGUUUCAGUCAGCAUAUCAACCAAAGGGCUAAGAAAUAUGGUAGAAAUACCCUUUGGUAAAUCUACAAAAGGAACAUUUCUAGGACCCCAAUGGUUUUUGGCAUUUCUGUGUGUAUAUAUAAAUUUUGUAGAAUGUAAUGUUAUCAUUCUAAUAACAUUAAUGAAUCAAGAGAAGAAAAUUAUACCUAA